AUGACCAACAGCUCUGACAAUCUCCUUUCAACAUCCUUCCAUACUGAGCAUCCACCUCCGCCUCCACCCCCGCCUCCCCCUCCGCCACCACCUCCUCCUCCUUCCUCUUCCUCUGCCACCGGUGAACCCUCCUCAAAACCAAUGCUACCUGGCCCUCCACGGGACCUACUCUCUGAUAUCCGAGCAGGUGGCUUCCAGCUACGCAAAGUCAGCGAACGCCAACUACCUCCGAGGGCCGAGGCGAAGUAUUCCACUGCUAGUCGAGUCUGCGACGUAUCUGGAGACUUCUGUGUUUACGUCCUCCGCCUACUCGGAGUCAAUCUCCCCGCCGGCGGUGCGAUUUUUGAGAUGGUAAGUAGAAGGCGACAGUGUUUGGAGAACACUUCGGAGGACGACGACGACAAGACGAGUGACUCCUGCGGAUGGGAGGAUUAG